CUGUGAUUGUGCCACUGCACUGCCUAGUGACAGAGUGAGGCCCUGUCUCAAAAAGAAAAAAAAAAAACCCAAAAUCUGUGGACUCAGGUGAUAAUGACAUGUCAGUGUGGCUUCAUCCAGCGGAACAGCUGUACCCCCUGGUGGGGGCUGUUGAUAAUGGGGGAGACUGGGGUGGGGCGAGGACAUACGGGAAGUUUUUGUAAGCUUCCUCUAAUUUUGCUGUGAACCUAAAGCCGCUCUAAAAAUGUAUAUAUAUAAAAAGUGGGGCCUUCCUUUCCCUCUCCCCUGCCCCUGCCCUCUCCCCCACCUCCUUCCUCUCCCUGCUGCCUGCCCUCUGCCCUCCCCUUUCCUCCUUAGCCUCUGUAAGUAACACUGCAGUGAAUAUCCUGGAGCACAAAGAGCCUGUCUCCCAGUUCAGAAUCACCUCCUUUAGUAGAGCAGGUUCUCAGAACUAGAGUAAUGGGGCAAAGGCCUGAGGCAAAUGCAUUUGUUCUGGGGUGCCCCAGCCACCUGCAGGCCCCUUAUUCUCUGUGGCCUGCAUUUGUUCUGGGGCACCCCAGCUGCCUGCAGGCCCCCUAUUCUCUGUGGCCGACUCCUCCUCCCUCCCUCCUGGCCUUUCCCCAGCCUCCCUCGCCCACUAGGCCUCCUGAAUUGCUGGGUACCGGCUGUGGUUGACAGACAGAGGGACAGAUGUGGCUCUGCAGGUCCACUUGGUACCAGGCACCAGCCGCACGGAUGGCAGAGCAGGGGUGUGGUUGGUGUGGGAAUCACAGGCUCCAAGUCUCCUGGGGGGCUGUUGGCUGGACAGGCUCUGGCUGCCCCCACCCUGUCCCCGUCACCACAGAGUGCUGUGUGGUGACUGGAGCUGCCACUGAGUGUCUCGGUGAGGGUGACCUCACACUGGCUGAGCUUAAAGGCCCGAUCAGAAGACUUUGUUCAUGGUGUUCUUUCACUUGUCAUAGCCUUUCCUGGCACUGGGAGUAACAGGUGUUCACAGAAAAUGCGAGUGGCCUCCUCCUCCUCCACGACCUCACACGACCUUAUCCCUUCCCUCCUGCUGGCCUCUAUCCCUCCCCUUCUGUCACUCUGCCUGGGUGUGCCUGGGGGCCUUGACUGGGCCCUUUCUUUCCUCAGGGAAGCCCUCAAGGUUGGGCUAGAUGCCCCCCUAACCCUCCCACCCACACCAUGUUCCCCUGAGCCUCUAGUCCUUCCUCCCAGGACACAUCAGGCUGGAUGGUAACAUCUCCCCACCCUUGAGUGGGACUGCCUUGUGCUGCUCUGGGACCCACACCCAGCUUGGACUGCCCGGUCCGCAGGCCCCAGGAAAAGCUCGUACAGAUAAGUGACACUAAGCCCUGUGAACAAACCAGAAGGCAGAGCGCUGUGCACCCUGCCCGGCCCCGCCACCCCCCUUGCCACCUGCUUCUGCUCCCAGGUAAGCAGUAACCUGCACAGGUGCACCGUGGGUUUUGGGAAAACUGGAUCUCCCUGCACCAGAAGGGGUGGAGGGGAGGGGGUGUCUGUGACCUCAUGAACAGGCAUGUGACCUUGGCUCCGGCUCCAUAAAUACCCGAGGCCCAGCGGGAGGGCCACCCAGAGGCUGACGCACACCAUGGGGCGCCUGCAACUGGUUGUCUUGGGCCUCGCCUGCUGCUGGGCAGUGGCCAGUGCCGCGAAGCUGGGCCCCGUGUACACGGAAGGUGGGUUCGUGGAAGGCGUCAAUAAGAAGCUCGGCCUCCUGGGCGACUCUGUGGACAUCUUCAAGGGCAUCCCCUUCGCGGCUCCCACCAAGGCCCUGGAGAACCCCCAGCCACACCCCGGCUGGCAAGGGACCCUGAAGGCCAAGUCCUUCAAGAAGAGAUGCCUGCAGGCCACCAUCACCCAGGACAGCACCUACGGGGAUGAAGACUGCCUGUACCUCAACAUCUGGGUGCCCCAGGACAGGAAGCAAGUCUCCCGGGACCUGCCCGUUAUGAUCUGGAUCUAUGGAGGCGCCUUCCUCAUGGGGUCCGGCCACGGGGCCAACUUCCUCAGCAACUACUUGUAUGACGGCGAGGAGAUUGCCACACGCGGAAACGUCAUCGUGGUCACCUUCAACUACCGUGUCGGCCCCCUUGGGUUCCUCAGCACUGGGGACGCCAACCUGCCAGGUAACUAUGGCCUUCGGGAUCAGCACAUGGCCAUUGCUUGGGUGAAGAGGAAUAUCGCGGCCUUCGGGGGGGACCCCAACAACCUCACACUCUUUGGGGAGUCUGCUGGAGGUGCCAGUGUCUCUCUGCAGACCCUCUCCCCCUACAACAAGGGCCUCAUCCAGCGAGCCAUCAGCCAGAGCGGCGUGGCCCUGAGCCCCUGGGUCAUCCAGAAAAACCCACUCUUCUGGGCCAAAAAGGUGGCUGAGAAGGUGGGUUGCCCUGUGGACGAUACCGCCAGGAUGGCCAAGUGUCUGAAGGUUACUGACCCCCGAGCCCUGACGCUGGCCUAUAAGAUGCCGCUGGCAGGCAUGGAGUACCCCAUGCUGUACUAUCUGGGCUUCAUCCCUGUCAUUGAUGGAGACUUCAUCCCCGAUGACCCCAUCAACCUAUACGCCAAUGCCGCCGACAUCGACUAUAUAGCAGGCAUCAACAACAUGGACGGCCACUUGUUCGCCAGCAUCGACAUGCCUGCCAUCAACAAGAACAACAAGGAAGUCACGGAGGAGGACUUCUACAAGCUGGUCAGUGGGCUCACAAUGACCAAGGGGCUCAGAGGUGCCAAGACUACCUUUGAUGUCUACACUGAGUCCUGGGCCCAGGACCCAUCCCAGGAGAACAAGAAGAAGACUGUGGUGGACUUUGAGACCGAUAUCCUCUUCCUGGUGCCCACCGAGAUUGCCCUGGCCCAGCACAGAGCCAACGCCAAGAGUGCCAAGACCUACAGCUACCUGUUUUCCCAUCCCUCUCGGAUGCCCGUCUACCCCAAAUGGAUGGGGGCAGACCAUGCAGAUGACAUCCAGUACGUUUUCGGGAAGCCCUUCGCCACCCCCAGCGGCUACCGGCCCCAAGACAGGACAGUCUCCAAGGCCAUGAUCGCCUACUGGACCAACUUUGCCAAAACAGGGGACCCCAACAUGGGCCACUCGGCUGUGCCCACACAGUGGGAACCCUACACCUCGGAAAACGGCAGCUACCUGGAGAUCACCAAGAAGAUGGAUGGCAGCUCCGUGAAGCGGGGCCUGAGAACCAACUUCCUGCGCUACUGGACCCUCACCUAUGUGGCGCUGCCCACAGUGACCGACCAGGAGGCCACCCCCGUGCCCCCCACAGGUGACUCCGAGGCCACCCCUGUGCCGCCCACAGGUGACUCCGAGGCCACCCCCGUGCCCCCUACAGGUGACUCCGAGGCCACUCCUGUGCCACCCACAGGUGACUCUGAGGCCACCCCCGUGCCCCCCACAGGUGACUCCGAGGCCACCCCCGUGCCCCCAACGGGUGACUCUGAGGCCACCCCCGUGCCCCCCACGGGGGACUCUGAGGCCACCCCUGUACACCCCUCGGGUGACUCUGAGGCCGCCCCUGUGCCCCCUACAGAGGACUCCAAGGGGGCUCAGAUGCCUGUAGUCAUUAGUUUCUAGCAUCCCAUGAGCCUUAGUCUUAAGAGGCCGCAAGGGUGGGACCCCAGGGGCUCCCCUCCUGUCUUUAGCUCUUCCUGAAUAAAACCUCAUUUCCCUGUC